AGAUUUGUUAUUAGUUGUUGAUUUACAGAUCACUUGUGAAUACAAUUUGUACAAUAACUAGUUAACUUGUAAACAAUUAAAAAUGAAACAAUUUGUCAUUCUCUGUGUCUUUGCCUUCUCAUUUGUUCCAGCCUUUGAGGCUGCAGGUCUAUUCCAACUUGAUUCAAUCAAGACAAGCUUUCUACCUGGAAGAUGCCCUGAACCCGCUCGACUUCCACAACCAUUGGACUUUGCAAGAUAUCUCGGUGAAUGGUAUGAAAUAAAGUCAACCAAACCAAUUUUUGAAAAUGGUCUCCGUUGUAUCAAAGCUAACUACUUCGUAGACACUUAUCCCGUCAUUUUUGUUAACAACAGUGGCGUUGAUCUUGCUAACAAUACAAUUUUCAGUCUUGGAGCCGCAGCACCAACUCAACAAGACAAUGUCCUCGAAGUAAAAUUUUUCAAAUACUCGCCUUACGCACAAUAUUGGGUUGUUGACACUGAUUACGAUAAUUAUGCCUUAGUUGUUUCAUGUAACAAUAUCUUUCCCUUCUUCAAUCCCCGUGAUGCUUGGAUACUUUCAAGGAAACCAACCUUAGACGACGAUACUGUCAAAAAUCUGGUUGCUAAAUUAGACUCGGUUGGAAUUAAAGACACUGAAUUCCUUGACACAGUCCAGAAUUGUUGAUUUAAAUCAUGCAAUCAGAUAUUAUCGAUGAAAUUUCUACCAAACCAAAUCCUAACCUCCGAAAAUUCCCUUAUCAAACCUUAAAAUUAUUCAAUUGAUUGAUAAAAAUGCUGUAUUCUGAAACCUCUGAAUAGUAUUAAAAUAACCAUUUUCAAUGGCA